CACGAAUCAACACGUAAAUAAUUUAGACAAUAAGGAAUCCUCCUUUACAAGUGUUAUACCUAUCAAAUAUUAUUUCGUUCAGUGUCGUGUUAAAAAUGAGUCUCAUAAAACAUAUUUUCAUUUGGAUGACCGUAUCUUCGCUAUUCUUGGGAUCACUAGGAGACGAAGAAAAUGUGGCAUCAGCUUCGCCCCCUCAUUGCACUGUAAUAACUAAAGCUACGGACUACGCUUACAAAUAUAGAUUUGAUUAUCCACUGAUGUAUAUUCCGUCGGGCCAGCCGGAAGCUUAUCAAAAGAUGUAUUGCAUUUACCCACCAACUGUAAACAAAGCGUCAGCGACGGUGUGCGACUGGGCUGCUCCUCCACAAGUACAAUUCACACUCGGCGAUGAUUAUUUGCACGUGGUGCGCCAGGAUCCGACGGGGAAAUUCCUUGGAAACGCUCUCAUAACUACAUAUCAGUUCUGUAGCCACAAUAUAUCACACGUACAAACCGUAGAAGAAGUCGCAAACAGUAUAUAAUGUUAAAUUA